AUGGACAUUUACAAUAGAAAUAUUUUUGAGGUCAUGGAAGGUAGAAUCGAGAUGGUGAGGCGUCAAUAUGCAGGAGAGCUUUCAGAGGUCAUGUCACCAAUGUUCAGUGAUAAGGGAUCAGAAAACUCACCAUCAGAGUCAAUAUCCUCAUCGCCAGGUCCAGACAAGCAGUCAGCAUCAGCUACAUCCCCAACUAAUGAGGGGUCGCCGGUUCAGACAACGCGACAGCGAUCUCUUUCUGAUGGUAUGGUUCAGGAUGAGGAGAGCCGCGAAAAGGCUCGGGCUUUCUACCAGCUUCAGGCCCAACAGAUUUAUUUGUCGCAUCAAAAGUUGACGUCGUCCGAUAGCAACAUUAAGACUGUUAAAGAUAAGAGCAAGAAGUCACUCAGUCGAUCCAGUCUGAUUGGUAGAAAACUUAGACGCCUCAGUCGGACUGACAACAACUCGGUAAAUAUGGGAUCCGAUACUCAACAGCGCAACGUUCUGGAAGGGGACACGAGCCUUUGCGACUCUUCGACCGCGAAUAUCACUGGCGGCAGUAUCACCUCUGGAAGCAAGCGCGCCAGCACUGGGUCCGCCCCGCUUUCAGCUGGAAGCUUGCUCAGAUGGAUGUUCUCAGGAGACAAGAACAAUAAUAGCAGUAAAAUGGUUGUAACUGGAAGUUCAGAUGAACAAAAAUCGAAUCCAAACUUGUGUUCUAGCAAAAGUGAAGACGGAUUUUCAGGAUCGAACUACUCUUAUACAAGCAACUCGCUUGCUUCCUCUUCUACUUCAUUGACCUUGAAUGAUAGCGCCACUGACAUCCUCCGACAUACUGAUAGCAAUAGCCAAUCACAAUGUGCCCCACAGCUGUCACCUCGUUUGCGUUACGGACUGGAUUCACGGAAAUAUCCAGAACACGCGACUACUUAUGCUGGACGCUCACUACCGGAGCACUCGGCUGUUUUAAACGAGUAUGUGGAUUGGUUGGCACAAUGUCAUGCUUAUGGCAUUAAAUCCAAGAUGAACUACGUUCCCAAUAAUAGUCUCGUUGCGGGUCCAGGACAACCGGGAGGGGUUCCUGGGAUUGGUCUGGGACCAAAUAGUAUUUCUGGUAUGGAUAGUUUAUUAGAAGAUUUUGAUGGGUUUAGCGUGUUCAGUCUGAGUGUGGGCGCUGUAGUGAACGCAAACAUGGUGGCAGGGCAGCAGGAUGAAUGGAUCUCUCCUGGUAUGGCUCACAUGAUGAUGCUUCGGUUUCCAGGUCUUGUUGUUGAGUGGCCCAAGUUCUGGAACAAUACGCGUGAGGCCUCGGGUCCUCCUCCUGGUCCUAUCACAACUUUGUCAGCUCUGACGGUCGUAAACAACCCGGCGUUCUCACUCAGUAAAGGAAACGCAGGGGGUGUGACUGCUGGAGUGAGCGCAGGUGCAGGUGGACCAUUCGGAGGCGCCAGUUUGAAUGGGUCACAUACCAAUGGACCAAGCUCUUUGAAACAUCAACAACAGGCACAGAUGCAUCAUCAGCAGCAGAUGCAAUUAUGGAGUCGGAACGCUGCUGCGGCUGCUAAUGCUAAUGCUAAUGGUAGCACUAUAGCCACCACUGCCACAACUACGACCUCAAGUGGAAAUACCAUGCCAUCAAUCUCUGGCACGCCCAUCUUGCCAAAUUUUUCAGGAUUUACAAACAACACCUCUACCUCCACUGAAUCAAUGUAA